AUGCUGCCGGUCUGCCUCCUUUUCCUAGCGUUGCCGACCAUUUUCAUCCUUGUGUCAUUCCUGCGCAAUCACUUCUUCCAUCCCUUGAGCAAAUUCUCCGGACCGUUCUGGGCAGCGCACACGAACCUAUGGAGGGUCUAUCAUCUGUGGACGAGGCGCAUGCCAGACACCAUGGUGAAGGUGCACGAAAAGUACGGGCCAGUCGUACGAGUUGCCCCGAGUGAGCUGAGCUUCCGGAGCGUGGAGAUCCUCGACGAGGUCUACAAAGGCGGGCGGAAGUUCAUCAAGAGCAAUCUCUACGAUGGAUUCACGACCUUCCAUCCGAACUCAUUUGGAACUCGUGACGAAGACCUACAUGCUAAGAGACGCCGCCAGAUGGCGCACAGCUUCUCCCUCGCGUCCCUGUCGCAGAUGGAAUCCAUCUUCAAUCGCCAUCUCGACAACCUUGUCGAUGCCAUUGACGCCCAAGGCUCUAAGCCAUUUGACCUGAAGAAUCUCAUGGGGUACUAUGCGUACGACGUCAUGGGAGAGUUGGUCUUCCACACGGAGUUCGGCUCGCAGGCGGCGCAAGACCCUGCACAGUUGCCCCCGAUCAAUGAGCAUAUUUUCCUGGGCUGUCUGUUCGGCAUGCUCCCUUCCUUGCUGCCAUACAGCAUGAGGCUUGCAAAUUAUAUUCCACUGCCAUGGCUCCAAAAUCUUCUGGCGAGCAGGAAAGUACUGAGAGACAGGACCUCGGCCUGCGUGGCCCGGGAAAUGGCCAGAGAGAAGGUCAGCGACAAGCACAGCAUCUUGACCAGGUUAAUCCGCGCAAAGGACCCCGAAACAGGUGAAGCAUUGUCAGAGAUGGCAGUCAGCUCGGAAGCAUUUGCGUUUUUAGUCGCAGGGUCACACACGACUUCGGGCACCUUGACUUUGCUUUUCUAUCAUCUACUGCACAAUAAGACUGCGUCCGAGAAGCUCACAAAAGAGAUCAUGGCAUGCGUGCCUUUCCAGGAUACGGCCGGGGAUUCCUUACCGGCAUAUUCUGGAUUGGAAGCGCAGCUGCCGUACGCGACGGCCUGUAUCCGAGAGAAUUUCCGGAUUUCACCGGUGUUUACCAUGCCGUUACCGCGUACAGUCUGUGAUCCCGAAGGUGCAGUGAUCGAUGGUAUCUAUGUUCCUUGUGGGACCACGGUCUCGAUGAUCAACCAUGUGCUCCACCACGACGCCUCAGUUUGGGGCACGGAUCACGACUUCUUCCGACCUGAGCGAUGGCUCGAUCCGUCAAAACCACUGUCCCUGAACGACCUUGCCCCUUUCGGUGCCGGUCAUCGAGCAUGUAUAGGCAGGAAUGUGGCGAUGAUGAGCAUUGUCAAAGUACUGGCGGCUCUCUGGCGCCGAUACGACCUGGAAGUUUUGGAUCCCGAGGAGGAGUUGAUCGUGGAGAGCGUGGGGAUAGGAGAGAAGAAGGGGCCCUUGAUGGUUAGGGCCAAACUGAGGGCAGAAUGA